AGAGGAGAGGGGUGGAGUUGGGGGAGGAGAGAGGAGGAUGAGGUGUUCUUUUUUUUUUGUCUUUUUUUUUCCCUUGGCUAUCUGACUUAUCAUAGAGUUCAGUUUUGGAGGCCUGUGAGGUUGAUUUGCAUGAGGAGGAGAGUCACUUCAAGUCAUCUGUGCUGCGGGGGACCACUUGCUAAUUUCCUGUCUGAUGAAGUAGACUACCUGCGAUGGUGUAAAUUGUAGCGGCCAGAUCCCCCGCUGGGCUGUGAAGUCCCGCGGCCGUCCUCUCUUCGUUUCUGCGCCAGGAUUCGCCAUGAGGCCCGAUAGAGACGUCUGGGGGACGCGAUGACAGCUGACAAGGAGAAGAGAAGAGCGACCAGCCGUGAGGCGGCCAGAAAGAGACGGCGAGUGGAGUCCGAUGUGUUUGGAGAUCUGUCUCGCCUUCUGCCGCUCCAAUCCUCCAUCCGAAGUCACCUGGACAAACCCUCCGUCAUCCGCCUCACCCUCAGCUACAUACGUUUGCACUCGCUGCUCAAAGAAAAUGCAGAGACCAGACACAACGUAAACCAUCGACAAAUAGUAGAAGGUGGAGAAGAACGGAGUGAUGUUAAUGGAGGACCGCAUGUGGACGUGAAAGAGGAAUUCGAGGCGUCGGAGGAGACGAACUUGUACCUGAGGAUCCUGGAGGGAUUUCUGAUGGUUUUGUCCACAGAAGGAGACAUGAUCUUCCUGUCUGAUAACGUCACCAAGUACAUGGGCUUGACGCAGACUGAGUUGAUGGGACACAACAUUUUUGAGUACACUCACCCCUGUGAUCACGAAGAAAUCAGACACAAUCUACGUCUGACAGCAGAGCAAGUCUGGUGCGGUGAGAAGAGGGACUUCGUCAUGAGGAUUAAAAGCGCUCUGACCCACAGAGGAAGGAGCGCCAACCUCAAGUCAGCGACAUGGAAGGUUCUGCACUGUCAGGGCAGAGUGAAGGUGUGCAUGGCCCCGUCUUCCAUCGCCUGCCUGCUGCUGACCUGCAGACCUCUGCCGCUCUCACACACACUCCUCAGCACACACACCUUCACCAGCCAGCACAGCAUGGACAUGAGGUUCACGUACUGCGACCCAAGAGUGACUUCUCUUUUAGGCUACACCCCUGAGGAGCUGGUGGGUCGUUCCAUCUACAAUUUCUGUCACACGCUGGACGCAAACUGUCUGAGCAAAAAUCACCUCAACUUGUGUCUGAAGACCCAGUCGGUCAGCGGUCAGUACCGGAUGCUGGUGAGAGGUGGAGGCUACGUCUGGGUGGAGACUCACAGCGCCGUCAUCCCCAGCGUCAAACCGUCCAGAUCCAGACCGAGCACCCACCAGCCGCUCUGCAUCCUCAGUGUCACCUACGUCCUCAGCGGAGUGGAGGAACCGACUCUGCAGCUCUCUUUGGACCAGGCUAUGCCCAGAUAUCUGACCUGAAAGCUGAAGAAAAGUCUGCAAAACCCAAAUCAACAGCAAUCCGCUCUACCUCCUUCUGGGAAUUUUAAUCAAUUAUUUUCAUGAAUCUAACUUUUAUUAAACAUUAAUCUUUCUAUUUAA